AUGAAUGCGACUAGGAACGUUUGGAGUUACAGAGGAUGGACGCUGGUGGUUUAUGGCUGCAAUGUGAGGGUAUUUUUGCAGGAGAAUUUGGUCUCUGGAUGGUCGUUUUCGGGUGGCAAGGUAAGGUGUCGAUUUACAGAAGACAAGCUAUACAUGAUGAUAUGUUUUAACAAGCAGUUCAGACUUGAUAUUUUUGAGGUUGAUUCAAGGAGUUUUACAAGCGAACCUUUCAUGACGGUGCCCUUUGCUGUGUCCAAUUUCGAAGUGUUAUGGGGGCGAGGUACUGUUCUAGUAGUGGAUGGUGUCAGUGGCUGCUUGCAUUGCUUGGAUACGCAGUCCAAAAGGAACAUUGGUAGCAUCCAGAUUAAUACGGUUAGCGACGAAACUAUAUAUGUCGUUGAUGAUUGCACGUUUCAGGUGUUUGUAAACAAAUUUGAUGGAAAUACGGUCACAGGGGAUUUAUAUUUUAACACAUAUCUCCUCGAGGUUCGAGACGGACCUCGAAUUCGUCUAAAAAAUUCGAUACCGUUACAGAAAAGCUUAGAUAACCAUUUUGUGACGAGGCUUGGCAAUGUAUUUUCAGUAAUUUCCAGCUGUUCAUUUUCAAAUCGAAGUAUGGUGCAAAUCUAUGUAGACGGUAGUCAGGAGCCUUUCAUCUCCCAAGAAUUCUCACGGAUAAUCAUACACGACGCUUGCUUCUUGGGAGAUCACUGGAACAUGGUGCUAGCUACCAAUUUGUCCAGUAUAUGCAUCUACCAGCCAUUGUACAGCGAAAUUACAGAGACUGUUCGCCUGUCAGAAUCAGAAUCCGAAAAGAACGACAAGCUGAACCUGCAUAGAGUGCAUAAUAAUAACAUCUCACAAAAAAACCGUUCUCAAAUCGACCAGCUGGAGACCAAAAAGUCCCAAAACACUGCAACAUUCCCCCAUCCGUCAACCGUUUCCCAAGCAUCCGCCAAAACACAACAGCAGCCGGUUUUCGGAGACUUGGAUAUUAUCAGCUGCCAACGCCGAGAACAGCCAAACUCCUCUGCCUGCUCUCCGAAAUUACUAAAGGUUGAACAGCACCAAAUAUACGCAUUGUUACCACACCACCCAACCGUCAUCUACAAGUGGAUUCGAGACCCAGCCAGCACCACCACUAUAUCCACCCGAAAGGCUGAACACCCUCCCAGACCGCUCCGCAUCACCCUACCCGAACCUCUCCUAGCUCUGCUCCCUGGGGAACGCUUUUUCACAGGAUCUGACACCUGUUAUACCACCCGCUAA